GAUAUUAGACUGUUACAGUGUCAUGCCAGUCUGGACAGUACCACACUCAACUGUAUUUCACUGUGAAGAGGGUUGCCAGACCCUGCCUUUUCAAGUUUGUUUAAUGCCAGAAGUCAGUCCCUUCCGAUCUGAGACAGAUUUUGCUCAUAAUGCUGGAAUUUAUAUCUCGGCGGUACUUUCAUCACACCUGACGCUCUUCAUUGUGGAUCGGAUGGUUCUCUGAAAGUGAAGCGUGCCUUUUCUUGGUGCUUCGACGGUAAACGCAAGGUGACAUUUGCAAGUGAAAAACAAUUUUCUAUGACCUCAAGCUGAUGGUCAAUAUGUAACGAUCAUCUGACCCUAAAGUGGUCAGUACCCAAGGGAACCUGAGCCCAAGGAAUGUUAUCCCUAAGUUGUAACAAUGAACAAGAUGAGACAAACGAAACUGGCAUCUUCCUGCCGAAUGUGGCCAAGAGAAAAGAAGUGGGCAAGAAGAGAGCCCAGAGCCCCAAUGUUAGACGUGGCCUGCGCAAAAAGAUCCAGAAAUGUCUUAAGGGUCCAGAGGAGCAUGACCUUCAGCAUGCCAAUCCAGAGGUGGAGGAAAACAUGUUCACCUGUGAAAUAAAUCAGGAAUCAUCUAGCCAUGAAUGUGGUCUUACCUCUCUGCCAAAUGCUGAAACUGAUAUUAAAGUGGACAGGAAACACUUCACUGAGGAGACGGAGUUGAACAGAGAAGGUGCUGUCAGAAUUCUUGGCCAAGUGCACACCAGCACCCCUCUGUCUGGCUACAGAGACUGUGUAGACAAAAGAUCUAAGAUGGAAGAGAUGGGAAGACCUGCCAAGGAAGAAGGAGGCAAAAGCAAGGAAAAAAGUUCCAGCACCAUAGUGGAACACAUUUUAAAAGAGCUUCAGGGGAUUAAUAAAAUUCAAGAGGAGAUCUCAGACUUGAGGCAGUACUUGACAUCGGUGAGUGGCUCUGUUGAUGAAGUUUCCUGCUGUGUGGAUGCUGUGCUGAUGGAAAUCGAGGAGCUCUAUUCAGCUGGUGCCAUUGGUCACCCCUCACCUCGAAGAUUAAUGACUCAUCACAGGAGCUUAGGCAAACAGAAAUUGAUGGUGGCCACCCAGAAGAACAAAAGUCCCAUGCAGAAGCCUGUGAAGUCUGAAAGGAAUGAGACCCCUUUUUACCGUGAUGCACCAAGAAAAUCCAAAUUGCAUGAACCUGAGGUUUCAGAUCACUCAGAUGAAUCAUCUAGCAGGGUACCUCCUUCAAACUACUCCAGUCAUGACAGGCUUUAUGCCCAGGACUUCCCGAGUAUGAGUUCUUUAUCCUCAUGUCACAGCUCCAAAAGUAGAGGCCAAGAUUGUAGUUACCUUUUAAGGGAGAGAGACCUACAAAGGGAAGGCUGGGGUACAUCAAGCAUGCCUUUAAGCACGAGUGGAGAGGGAGGGUGGAGUGGAGACACUGUAUGGAGUGAAGAGGAUUACUGUUCUUGCCAGAAUAGUGCAGAUGAAGUAGAAGAUGUCAGACAACCUGAUACCUGGUGUAGAUACAAUGGUGGAGAGACUAGUACUCCAGGCCACUCUUCCCGAAGCAGUUCUGAGCAUCUAUCCUUAUUGUUUGGACACCAAUACAACUCCCAGUCCAGCUUGUCCAGUGUGGCAGACUGGAGGCUUUCCAGGAAACAAGCAGUGCCUGAUACAGAUUGUGAUUGCACACCAAAUUGCCCAUAUUCCCGGAGUUCAGGGUACCAUACCAUGGAUGCAUAUGCUGAUGAGCUGUGUAGUGGUCCAUCCAGAAGCCUUAGUUGUUCCACUAUGGGACUGAAUGAUUAUGACAAUGGCUGCCAAGAAUUGCACUCUUCUUGUGAGCACUGCCUUUGUGUCGGGCAUGUUGACGUGGAUUUUGCAGAUAGCCCAGAGAAAGAGUGGUCUGAGAGAAUUUGUGUAAGCAUGCCUGAUGUACAGUGUGAUCCAGAUUUCUCUGAAAACACUGAUACAGAUGGUUCCCAGCCACCCAAUGUCGGGAUUGAUGUUGUACAGAUUAGUAAGGCCAUGCUCACCUUUCGGUCUGCUCUACGUGGAGCUCUGAAAAGGCUUGAGGUGGUCGAUCCUCAAGGUCAAGAUGAGAAUGUGUUGGAUAUAGCCUCUAGUCCUGACAAACUUUCAAAUGAUCUUUUGGAAGUUGAAUCAACUCUGGAUGGAUCUGAUUCGGACCGUUUUAUGCCGUCAAGCUGUGAAACCUUGGAUCAAAGUUUGUCACCUGAAAAGAGAGGCAGUGCCUGUUUUCAAGGAGAAUAUGACGUUAAUGAUCUGAAAUUACACAUGGACCAAUCAGGUGACUCUCAGUUGUUUGAUUUUCUGGGAUCAACUUCUGGAACUGCUUCUCCCUCUUGUACUCCAACGGAAUACUACUCAAUGGACCAUUCAGUCAGUGCAGAAGAACGUUUAACUGAACUAGAGGUUUCUCAUGCAGACAGUUCUCCUGACCUCAGCUCAGAGAAAGUGGACCCCAGUUCAGGAACAGUAGAGAGUUGUCAUGAAGAGCCACUUCAAGCAGAAACACCACAUGUUGCUUGUGAAGGCAUUGAACCAAGAUCACUGAGCACUGUCCGUGAAGCAGAGGUUGAGGUAAAUCAGGCAGAGGAUCGGGUAGACCCAGACAAUGACAGCUCUGAACAACUAGACCCUCACCACCAGAAGUGCCUUGCCAAUAUCCAACGUGUUCUCAAGGAACAGAGACAAAGAUAUAAACUGUCGAGGAUUUCUAGUGGAUCAAAGCGUACUUUUUCUGAGGAGGAAUUCAAUCCAGAGGAAAGCAGAGAGGAUGAGCAGGGUCGGCAGAGUGGAGAGAAUUCCAGACAUGCCUGGAUUAAAGCAGGAACUGGGAGUGGCCUGUUUGGGAUUGACAGCAUGCCUGAUUUACGGAAGAGGAAACCAAUCCCACUCGUUAGUGAUGUGGCUAUGUCGCUGGUCCAGGCCAGGAAAGCAGGCAUCGCGUCUGCCAUGGCCUCACGCUCGUCCAUCAAAGAUGAGGAGCUGAAGAGUCAUGUAUAUAAGAAGACGCUGCAGGCUCUGAUUUAUCCCAUCUCCUGCACCACACCGCACAACUUUGAGGUGUGGACGGCUACCACCCCCACCUACUGCUACGAGUGUGAGGGGCUGCUGUGGGGCAUCGCCCGGCAGGGCAUGCGCUGCUCUGAGUGUGGGGUCAAAUGUCACGAGAAGUGCCAGGAGCUGCUUAAUGCGGACUGUCUGCAGCGUGCGGCAGAGAAGAGUUCGAAGCACGGUGCUGAGGAUCGUACUCAGAACAUCAUCAUGGCCAUGAAGGACCGCAUGAAGAUCCGAGAGAGGAACAAGCCUGAGAUCUUCGAGCUUAUCAGGGACGUGUUUAUGGUUACUAAGGCCAUCCAUGCCCAGCAGAUGAAAACCAUCAAGCAGAGUGUGCUGGAUGGCACAUCCAAGUGGUCAGCGAAGAUCACCAUUACUGUGGUGUGUGCACAGGGGCUGCAGGCUAAAGAUAAGACGGGAUCCAGUGACCCCUAUGUGACCGUCCAGGUGGGGAAGACUAAAAAGAGGACCAAGACCAUCUACGGCAACCUUAACCCUGUCUGGGACGAGAAGUUUCACUUUGAGUGCCACAACUCGUCAGACCGCAUUAAGGUGCGUGUGUGGGAUGAGGAUGAUGACAUUAAGUCCCGUGUAAAGCAGAGGCUGAAGAGAGAAUCUGAUGACUUCCUGGGGCAGAGCAUCAUUGAGGUGCGAACACUGAGCGGGGAGAUGGACGUCUGGUACAAUCUGGAGAAAAGGACUGAUAAAUCUGCGGUGUCUGGCGCAAUCCGUCUCCAGAUCAGUGUGGAAAUUAAAGGAGAAGAGAAAGUGGCUCCCUACCAUGUGCAGUACACCUGCCUACAUGAGAACCUCUUUCACCACACCACAGACGUCCUUGGCCAGGGCGUGGUGAAGAUCCCGGACGCCCGGGGAGACGACGCCUGGAAGGUUUAUUUCGACGACGUGGCUCAGGAGAUAGUGGACGAGUUUGCAAUGCGUUAUGGCAUUGAAUCGAUCUACCAGGCCAUGACGCACUUUGCCUGUCUCUCCUCUAAGUACAUGUGUCCCGGUGUUCCUGCGGUGAUGAGCACCCUGCUGGCCAACAUUAACGCCUUCUACGCUCACACCACCGCCUCCACCAACGUCUCCGCCUCUGACCGCUUUGCCGCCUCCAACUUUGGGAAAGAGCGGUUUGUCAAGCUCUUGGAUCAGCUGCACAAUUCCCUGCGCAUUGACCUCUCCAUGUACAGGAAUAAUUUUCCUGCUAGCAGUAAGGAGCGCCUGCAGGACCUCAAGUCCACCGUGGACUUGCUCACCAGCAUCACUUUCUUCAGAAUGAAGGUCCAGGAACUUCAGAGUCCUCCCAGAGCGAGCCAGGUGGUGCGGGACUGUGUGAAAGCGUGCCUCAACUCCACCUAUGACUACAUCUUCAACAACUGCCAGGAGCUCUACAGCUGCCAAUACCAGCCAACAGGAGACAUGAAUAAAGAAGAAUGUCCCCCAGAAGAGCAGGGACCAAGCAUCAAGAACCUGGACUUCUGGCCCAAACUCAUCACCCUGAUCGUCUCCAUCAUAGAGGAGGACCGCAACUCAUACACACCUGUUCUCAACCAGUUUCCUCAGGAGCUGAAUGUGGGGAAAGUGUGUGCGGAAGUUAUGUGGAUCCAGUUCUCUCAGGACAUGAAGUACGCUAUGGAGGAGCAUGAGAAGCAUCGCCUGUGUAAGAGUGCAGAUUACAUGAACCUGCAUUUUAAGGUGAAAUGGCUCUGUAACGAGUAUGUGAAGGAUCUGCCAACUUUCAAAGGAGUGGUACCUGAAUAUCCCACGUGGUUCCUGCAGUUUGUGCUACAGUGGCUGGAUGAGAAUGAAGACGUGUCCAUGGAGUUCAUGCAUGGAGCCUUAGAGAGGGAUAAGAAGGAUGGCUUCCAGCAGACAUCAGAGCAUGCUCUAUUCUCCUGUUCAGUGGUGGAUGUGUUCACACAGCUAAACCAAAGCUUUGAGAUCAUAAAGAAACUGGACUGCCCGGACCCCAAAGUCAUGGCCCACUACAGCCGCCGCUUUGCCAAGACCAUUGCCAAAGUGCUCCUACAGUACAGCGCCAUUCUGAAAAAAAGCUUUCCCUCCUACUGCGACAAAGAGAAGAUUCCAUGUGUCCUGAUGAAUAACGUGCAGCAGCUGCGCGUUCAGCUUGAGAAGAUGUUCGAGUCAAUGGGUGCCAAACAGAUGGACUCAGAAGCCAGUGACAUCCUGAAUGAGCUGCAGGUGAAGCUGAACAAUGUGCUGGAUGAGUUGAGCUCCACAUUUGCAAACACUUUCCAGAGCCGUAUUGAUGAGUGUACGCGGCAGAUGGCCAGUCUGCUUUACCAAAUCAAAGGUCCAGUCAAUGCCAAUAGCCGCAACCUGGUGGAGGCUGACUCGGACAACGUGCUGCGGCCACUCAUGGACUUCCUGGACGGGAAUCUGAUGCUGUUUGCGUCGGUGUGUGAGAAGACGGUUCUGAAGCGUGUGCUGAAGGAGCUGUGGAGGAUCGUGAUGAAUAGCCUGGAGAAAACCAUCGUUCUGCCGCAGAGCAAUGACACCUUCGGAACAAUAUUUUCAGCAGCUAAAGACCUGGGCCAGCUCUCAAAACUUAAGGAUCACAUGUCUGGGGAGGCCAAAAGCCUCACACCGAAGCAGUGUGCUGUAAUGGAUGUAGCGCUGGACACUAUAAAGCAAUAUUUCCAUGCUGGAGGGAAUGGACUGAAGAAGGCCUUUCUGGAGAAAAGUUCAGAGCUUUCUUCACUCCGCCAUGCGUUGUCCCUCUACACACAGACCACCGACACGCUCAUCAAAACCUUCGUCACCACGCAGCAUGCACAGGUGCAUGGUGGGAAGGGGAUGAGGAUAACUCUUAAUGAGAGAAUCCAGCCGACCAGGGGCUCAGGUGUGGAUAACCCUGUGGGAGAGGUGUCCAUUCAGAUUGACUUGUUCACCCAUCCAGGCACAGGGGAGCACAAGGUCACAGUCAAAGUUGUAGCAGCGAAUGAUCUGAAGUGGCAGACGUCUGGAAUGUUCCGCCCCUUCGUGGAAGUCACCAUGAUCGGCCCACAUCUCAGCGACAAGAAACGUAAAUUCACCACAAAGUCCAAGAACAACAGCUGGGCACCAAAAUUCAACGAGACAUUCCACUUUAUCCUGGGGAAUGAGGACGGGCCGGAGUGUUACGAGCUGCAGGUGUGUGUGAAGGAUUACUGCUUUGGUCGUGCAGACCGUGUGGUCGGCAUCGCGGUGAUCCAGUUGCGGGACGUGGCUCAGAGGGCCAGCUGUGCCUGCUGGUGCCCUCUGGGGACGCAGGUACACAUGGAUGACACAGGCCUGACAGUGAUGCGCAUCCUGUCCCAGCGCUCCGGAGACGAGGUGGCCAAGGAGUUCGUCAAACUGAAGUCAGAGACUCGCUCAGCGGAGGAGGGCAGAUGA